AUGUCUCACCCGUACUUCUCACACGCCUCUCUCGGGCUCUCCCUGAUCCCCACCUUCUUUGGCCUCAACAUGAUCUUCCGACCAGGCCCAACCCUCGAGUCCGUCAAGUUCCCAGUGCCAGCGGACCCCGAGGGCAAGAAGACGGUGUACUCAGUCAUGCACUUCUUCGGCGUCCGAAACAUCGCCGUCAGCUACCUCCUCGUCCUCAUCUGGUCCAGGGGGGACAACAGGCUCACUGCCAAGUCCCUCGUCGCCUGCCUCUGGGUUGCAGGCAUGGACGGCUUCAUCCAGCGCGCGCAGACCGGGGAGGGCCAAUGGACGCACUGGGGCUUCGUCCCCGUCGUGGCCGGUGUGGCAGCAGGUCUGAUGGGCUGGUUAAACUAG